AUGCCCAAUAUCACCGGAUCCAGUGUACUCUAUGAUACCGAAUAUUUGAUAAAGUAUCUCGAUUUGUCUCUCUCGGCGUUCGGAAUCGUCACCAAUAUAAUCCACAUUUGCUUUCUUUUCCAAAAUUCCAAAAUCUUCAUUUUCCUCAUUUUUAUCACUGGAGCAGAUUUGCUCCAUGUAUCUACAGUAUUCUUUUUUCAAAUUCGUAAUGUUUUAAUCUAUAUAUAUCAUCGAAACUGUGUUGGUUAUUUGAACUACUUUGAUAUGUUUUUCAAAUCUUUGGUGAUUAUUUUUACCGAAUUUGCCGCAGAUUCCGGAGCCUGGAUUUCCAUUUUCAUGUCGUUCAAAUGGUCUUGGAAUCAUGCCAAAAAAGUUGCCACGUGGAUUUUUUUGAUUCUAUUCAUCUUUGUAUCCGUUUAUUGCUCGCUUAUAAUGCUAAUUUUCGCUUAUAUCCUACCGUACUCCCCAUGUAAUACUGAAGAUCUUGCACAGCAAUUUUUGGAAGAUAAGGAAAAUCCGAUUGCUCAGAUUAUAUUAAUCUACAGUAAUCUGGAAUUCGUUUUUGGGAUUGCUCAAGUUUUGGCAAAUAUAUUUUUGCUAUUCAUUUGGUUUCCUUUGAAAUUUUACAAGUUUCGGAAACAUCGAAAACUGGACAAUUUUUAUUUGGAAAAUCUGAAAUGUAUAUUUUCCAUUUUUCUCUCAUUUAUGAUUUGUGAUUUUUCGCGUUUUAUUGUUCUUCUGAUAUGUUACACAUAUGGAAAAGAGGAUCGAGAAUAUCAGCCAUCGCAAGAAUAUUUGACCAUUUCCAAUGGACUAAGCCAAAUUAUAAGAACGACUUUUGCUUGUCUCCGCCCAUUUAUAGUUUUAAAAGUUUGCAAAAAUUAUCAGGAAAUUGUCAAAGCAUUUUUCAUAAUUUCCACUGGAUCCACAAGUUUUAUCAAGGUUGCUCCAAAAUCUUCAGUCACGACUACAUAA